AUGCGCAUACUCUUGGAUCUCCCCGGUACCAGUUCCGACGAACGUCGGUGCUUCAAUGUUUUCCAGACCUACACGGUGCCCAUGAUGGUGAGCUGGUUCGAUUCCGAAGUCUGGCAACAGAUCGUACCCCGGAUGAGUCAAGCAGAGCCGGCAAUCUAUCAUGCGGUUGUCGCACUGAGUGUGAUUCACGAAGACUCGGAAAUCACAGGCUCGCCCCCAGGAGCCAUGAAUAUAAAGAACAGUUACCAUAGGUUCGCGCUGGCGCAAUACAGCAAGGCGGCUUCGAUGCUGUGCAAACGGCUCGGGUCCAACGAUCCGCAAGUGCGAGCAGUUGCAUUGAUGUGUUGCAUCAUGUUCAGCUGUUUUGACCUGUCUCGAGGAAACUACAAGGCAGCAUUUACACAUCUACAGAAAGGGGUUCAGAUCAUGGAGGGCCAGAGAGUCAAGGCGAACCAACGUCAUACAUUCCUGCAAAGCCCCAAUUCCUGGUCGCCUACGGAGUAUGCCCUGACAAGGGUAUUAAUACAUGUAGAUGUGCAGUCGGCCCAUUUUGGCGAGUCCGGUCCCCUUCUGCACCUUUACCCCAUAACAUUAGGAGAGGGCGGCCAUAACAGGCCCUCGUUGAACAGCCUGGCAGAAGUAAAACAGAGUCUUGAUCCGAUCAUGAACAACAUCCUUCGUUUCCGCAGGUCCUGUGAGCCAUAUGUGCGUGGCGAGAUAAGCGGGCUGUUUGAUAUCGCCGGGGCUUCAGCCGAACAACGCAGAAUCCAGGCCCACUUGCAUGACCACAUUCGGGCUUUCGAAGAGUUUGUCUUACGUCAAGCGUCAAAUCGAGCCAACUCCAAGGAUGCACGUAGCACCGACUUGAUGCGACUGCAAAACGAGGCUUUGGCCAAUAUCCUAGAAACCAGUCUUGUGACAUGCGAGCUAAUAUAUGAUAAUUACCUCCCUGCAUACAAGAGGAUCACCCAACUCGCCAAGGAGAUCAUCACCAGCUUUCAAGCCGAGUAUGGCACCUAUCGCCCGUGUAUUGUCAUGGACAUGGGGGUUAUCCCGUCACUGCUUUGGGUGUGUCUCAAAUGCAGGGACUUCCAGAUUAGACAUCAGGCCGUGGAACUUCUGGAGAGAUGGCCGCAUCGUGAAGGAGCCUAUGAUUCCAAUCUUUUGGUCCAGAUCGUGAAGGAACAUAUGGUACUCGAGCAACCAGGCCCCUGUGACGGAGACAGAGCAACUGUCCCUGAGUCCGCACGAAUCGAUAGCGUAACAAGGAUAAAUUUAUCGGGAGAAGAAUGA